AUGGCCGACGUUGAUUAUUAUCAAUCGGGGAAUCCCCGUUACGAUUCACGUGGUUACGACGAUCGUUACCGCGGUAACCAACGCGAUUCAUGGAACGAACGUGGUUACCAUGACAACCAACCACAACAACAACAAGGUAACCAUGGUUACGAACAACGAGGAUACCAGGAACAAUACACAACACCUCCCACUAGUGGGAGUAAUUCCAACAACGAGCGAUACGAACGACCAACGAAUAAUCAACGCGAUACUGACUACCAGGGAGGAUAUAGGAGGGAGGAUGAAAGGUAUGACAGCAGGAAUGAAUAUCAACCACAAUAUGAACAACGUACAAACCAACAACCCAACAAUGAACGUUGGAACUCCAUAAAUGAACAACCGAACUACAACGAGUAUAACCAAACUAACUAUAACCGAAUGUAUGAUGACCAACGACCCCAUAAUGACCCUUUGCCGCGACCUCAUGACCCCCUGCCGAACCACACUCGUCCCUAUGACGACCCACAGCCCCACAAUGGCCCUCAAUCCAACUACACGAGGCCCCACGCCCCCCAACCCCACCCCACACACAGGGACGAAGGUUAUAGGGAAAAUGCAAUACAACCAAAGCUGCUCGCUCAAACUGCUACACGCAACAACAACGGGAUAGCUGUGUUUGGCAUCGUGGCCAAGGUUGACCCCCCAGUACAAGGGAGACCCCCUCCUUCCACCCUUAAUCCACAACCUUACUUGGGUGAAGGGGGGCCGGCAUCAAGUCCCACCAGGACUCAACCCCUUACCCCUAUUAUGGAACACCCUUCUUCACCCCAACCUUACCCAGGGGGUUACCCACAACAGGGUAACGCGUAUCACAACACGGACAUCCCCAACAACAGAAACAAAGACUCUGGUGGUUACCAUGGUUACUCGGGUGUCACCGUUGCCUCUAGUGGUGGUUACCGUGACGAUAGCAGUGGGUAUGGUUCUGCUUCAACGCACACCGAACGAUCGUACGACGGCCAGCGACCACUAGGAGGGGCUAAACCCAACCUAGCACAGAAACCAAGACUGCCACCGGGUGGUCAAAGGAGGACACCUAGUGGCCCAAGCUCGCCACCAUGGCAACGGGAGUUCGGCGACAACAAACAGUUUGAAUAUCAACAACAGCAACGAAGUUAUAACAAUGACAAACAAGAACAAAGCUACAACACUGAAUCACAGCGGAAUUUUCAACAAGAUAAUUACUCCCAACAACAAAGAAGUUAUAAUGAUCAACAACAACAACAACAACAACAACAGACUUAUAAUAAUGAACCUCAGCAACAACGGCAAAGUUACAACAAUAAUGAACUACAACAACAGAAGUAUCGGAACCAACCACAAGAUUACGGCAAUGGUUAUCAACAAAGUUACCAACAGGAUAAUUACCCACAACAACAACAACAACAACAACAACAUAGCCACUGGACGCUCCAGAAACCGAAUGAUAGCCACCAUUAUCGUUCGAAUGAAGGCUCAGGGGUGGAUAGUUCACAAAUCAAGGGAGUUCGUGCCGUAAAGAACUUAUUUGACAAACCCGGAGCCCCGGUACCCCUACCCCCAACCUCCAUGAGUUAUGGGGCUAAUCGGUACAACAAUGCACGGCCCGUACCGCCCCGACCCCGUGUGACCUCGGAUCGAGGGUCAAUGUCGCCAACUAGUGGUCAAAGAUACGGGGAGCAACAAUUCCCUAGAAGGGGGUUUUCCCCGAACCAGGAUUUACCACCAGGGGAAAAUUCUAGGGGAGUCCCCAGAAGCCCUUUGGAGGAUGGUAGGAGGGGAUUCCCCAAUGAUAGGGGAAUGCCGGUCGAUAACAGAAGGGGAUUUCCCCAGGAUAGGGAACCAAUUUAUGACAACAAGGGGAUUCACCAGGAGAGGGGGCAAGAUGGAAACAGAGGGGGGCACAAUGGUAAUAGGGGUCACCGCGAAGAUAAGGGGUUUAACCAUGAAAGAGGGGGUUUACCCCAAGAUCGGGGUCAAAAUAUUGACACUAGAAGGGUAAUCCCCCAACAAAGGGGUCCAGGUGAUGCGAGGGAAUUCCCCCAAGAAGUGGGGCCAAUUAACGAUGAUAGGGGAAUACCCAAUGACAACAGAAGGGGAUUUCCCAAUGAUCGGGGUCAAGAUGGGGUUCGAGGGGGGUUCACCCAACAAAGGGGUCCCCCACAGCUUACCCCACCUAUGGGUGAAGAUGGGAGGGGUGGAAUGGGGUUACCCCAUUUACCCCCACCCCCCCAACACAGCCAGAGUAUGUACAACCUUGAUAUCCCACCAAGUAACGAUGGAAGAUUACGAUCGAGUUAUUCGGGCGACCACCUUAAUAAUCCAAUGGUGGUUGGGAUCAAAUACCCAAGCAAGCAACAAGUGAACCACGGGCCGUACCGGUUGGAGCAUUAUGAGGAACACACAUUACCAUGUAAAUACACCGUAGAUGAUGAUGAGUUAAUUGAAAGCAAACUAAAUGCAUGCGAGUGA